ACCGUCGCGAUCAACUGACACAUCAGUACACGCGUCUCGACGCCCGGGAAUGCGUCUCUCAUCCAAAGGGAAGCUGUAGUACUAUUCAAAAAAAAAAAAACAUCUCAAAAUUGUUUUUUUCUCAAAUUUUUUCACCAAAAGAAAAAUUUGGAAAAAAAAUUUUUAGUGAUAAAAAAAAAGUGAUUUUUAAAAAUAAUUAAAAAAAUACGUGUGUAAUGUCUCGUGCGGAUUUUGGCACGCGACUAUAAUGCACCACUUGACAGACGAGGAUGAGGGUGGCAUGGCUGAUUUUGUGCUACGUACUUCUCGAAAGUUACAUCGACAUCGUCGGCGUAGUCAGUGCAAACCAGAUCACACGACACGAUUUCUCCUUAGCAACGAAUUUUCCAACGUCUGACAAUAAUUUUCCAAGUUUCGUUGUUUCUAUUACGAACGUUACGGCUGCCAUUGGGAAAAAGGCAGUCUUAUCUUGUACAAUACGAAAUUUAGGUCAUUACAAGGUGGGAUGGUUGCGCCUUGGGGAUCAGACGAUACUGUCAAUGGGCGAGAAAACGGUAAUUCAAUCGCCACGUUUCUCUGUUACCCUCGAGAAUGUCAAGACAACGAAUCAAACGCCUUCAAAAGGAGAAGAGGAAACUACAUGGCGUUUGAAUAUUCACACAUUGAAGGAAGCUGAUCGUGGCUGUUAUAUGUGUCAACUCAACACCAACCCUAUGUUGAACCAACUGGGGUGCGUGGACGUUCUAGUCCCUCCUGAUAUACUGCCUAACGGAACCUCAGCGGGAGAGGUUUCCGUCGCGGAAGGAGAAAAUGCUACUCUCUCGUGUAAGGCAUCCGGUAGACCAGAGCCACGAAUUGUUUGGAAGCAUGAAAAAAAUACGUUAAUACUGAUGAAAGGACCUCACGACAAACUAAUAAAUGUGAGCAGCGCGUCAGGCGAGAGAUUGGAAUUAAACAGGGUGGACAGGAGGCAAAUGGGAGCUUAUCUUUGUAUAGCAAGCAACGAUGUCCCCCCAGCAGUCAGCAAGAGGGUUCAUCUCAGAGUAAACUUUGCUCCCCGUGUUAUAAUAAAGGAACAAAUUUUGGGAACACCAAUUAAUACAAAUGUCACUUUAAAAUGUGAAAUCGAAGGUUUUCCAAAGACAAUUAAUUUUUGGAAACACAAAACAGUGGAUAAUUUAGAUGGAGUUCUCGUGAGUGGAAAAAGAUAUGAGAUUACUGAAAAAAUGAAUCCAGACGAGGAAUGGAAAAUAACUACAAUAUUGAAUAUAAAAGGAGUACAACCAAAAGAUUUAGGUUUAUAUACCUGUUUAGCAUCAUCGAGUUUGGGAAUUGCCGAAUCGUCCAUCAGCUUACUCGAAAUUCAACCCCAUACAUUUCCAACAAGAGCGACAAUGAACGGAGGGCAACAUAGGAAUAGACUACCAAAUGAGAUGGAUUCAACAACCCUAAAUAGAAUAUUUCACCAGCUUAGUACACCGGCAAUGCAGAAAAGCACUGCAAGAUUGGUAUCCAAUAAGAUUUUAACGACCACUAUGGAUCCUCGUAUAGCGUUAACCAAGAACAAGAACGCUCUUAAACAUAAUGAAGUGCUGAACGUGCAGAGCAACGCCAUUGCCAUAAACGUGAUCAAGCAGAUAAGUGCGAUUUGUGUGCUGGUUUCUUUUACGCUGCGGUAAUUCGAAGCGACGAUAAAAUUAGAAAACUGCUAGGUACAAGAGCAACGAUUUUCCAUUUUAUAAUGCGCCUAACGAUGAGAACAACGAUCCGCGUCUGUUAUAUAUAUAUAUAUAUACAUACAAUGGAAGAGUAAAUUCUCUUUUACAAUAUAAAAAAGGGGGAACAGACUAUUGAUGGCGCAAUCAAGAUUUUUUUUAACCCGGCGAAAAAAAAGAAAAUUCAAUGUUUUUAAUAUAGACACAGAAUUUAGCCGAAAUAAUAUAUUUUCUAAUCACAAAUAAUCUUGAUGAUUUCAAUCAAUUUGGAAAAAAGUUAAGACACAAAAAUAAUCCAAUUUUGUUUUCACAUAGCUUUCCAAUUUUUACAGUUGUUGAAAAUAAAGAAUUAGUGUCUAAAAAACAAUGUAAUGACUUCAUUAUUUUUCAAAUUCACUUCCAAAUAUUAUAGAAAAAAAUAAUAAUAAUAAUUAACUCUAAUUUUUAAAAUCUUUCGUUAAUAUUAUACAAUUAAAAAUUUUUUUUGUAGUUGCAAAUUUUUAAAUUGUACAAAUUUGGAAAAUUUUUAAUAUUGUUAGGAGAGAAAAAAGUUGUAAAUGUCUUUUUUUUCCAAAAAGAAAACUACUUCUUUCUAAAAAUAAAAGCAAAUGCCAAAGAAAAAUUUGCGAAUGUUUCUAUGAAAUAUUUGCAAUCAAUUAUUAUCACACUUUACUAAAAGUCGACUGAAUUGAAAAUUUCAAAAAAUGCUAAUAAAAAAAUCAGCCCAAAAAAAAUAUUAUCAAGAAAGAAAUCUCUUUCUACAUGUACAGAUUCCUGCUUAAACUGUUAAGAUCGUAGUUAACUUAAUAAUAUAUAUAUAUUGUAUUUUAAAAAUAAUUAUAGCUACUAGACUGUAAUAACUGUUUUUAUUAUUUCUGUUAUUAAACGUUUCAGGGAUGUCUUGUCUGUAUACAAAUUAAAAUAAUUAUUUAAAUGUAAAAUCUUUUUAAUAAAAUCAAGAGAUGAUAAA